ACGAUAAAGAAAAGCAAUAAGUUUAUUGAUCAAAAUGAUUACGCUGUUCGUGCUUCAUUCCAGGUGCCCAUCCGACACAUACAAAGAAAAGAAUUCACCUUUUUAAUAAUCAUAAAAUAAAUACUUCUGGAGACUUUCCCCUUGUAAGUGACACUGGCUAACAUAAAUUGACGAAAAAUUAUAAAAAAAAAAAAAAAAAUGAGCAACUCUGGAGCUAUAGAAAGCUACACCACCCCAAUCUCCGGCGGCUGCGGCGACGGCGGUGGCACCACCAGCAGCGUCACCGAUAGUCCGAUUAGGGACGAAGCCGUUGAUUCAAGCCCUUUUCAAGAAGGUGAAAAAGUCCUCGCAUUUCAUGGCCCCUGCCUCUACGACGCCAAGGUGCAAAAGAUUGAAUCUUGUUCUAAGGGAUGGAAGUAUUAUGUUCAUUAUCCUGGAUGGAGCAAAAAGUGGGAUGUGUGGAAGGGUGUCACAGACUUGCUGAAACAUACUGAGGCGAAUAUUCAAAAGAAAAAGGAGCUAAUGGUAAAACAUUCUGGGGACAAGAAUACAAGGCUUGGACGUCCACUACAUGUUGAAACUAGAAGUUCUACCGGGGUGAGAGGCAGGAAGCGGAAACAUGAAACCAUAAAAAAGGAAGUAAGCUUUGUUCCAUCAGAAAAGCAUGUCAACCUCCAAAUUCCAUCUACUUUGAAGAAACAAUUGGUUGUUGACCAUGAGUGUAUAACCCAUCUCGGCCAGCUAGUCAAACUUCCGCGCUCUCCUAGUGCAUAUGAGAUACUGAACAAGUAUUUUGAUUACCAGGUGAAGAAAGAUGGCAUGAUAAUGGAGACUGUUAAAGAGAUUGUAGAUGGAUUGCGCUGCUACUUCGACAAAGCAUUACCUGCAAUGCUCCUCUACAAAGAAGAACGUCAGCAGUACAAAGAAGUGAUUUCUGAUAAUGUCUCUCCUUCGGGUGUAUAUGGAGCUGAACAUUUAUUAAGACUCUUUGUUAAACUGCCUGAGAUGCUCUCAUUUGUGCACAUUGAAAUGGAGACACUGUCAGAGCUGCAGCAAAGAUUGGUGGACUUCCUCAGGUUCCUCCAGAGCAAUCAACGCGAGUUCUUUUAUUCGAACUACGAGAAGGCGGAGGAGGGCCUUGCUGACGAUGUUAAGAAAGAAGAAAAUUGAAGAGAGUGUGGUAAAAGGUAAUAGUUGUUGUAAGGAAAGCACUUGGGAUCUAAAGAGACACAACUUGCCAUUUAAUAUACGACCUUAUUGUAUAGCUCGCUCUAGUUGCCUUAUUCUAAAUGAGUUGAUGUCUCUUGGCUAUCA